UUUCCUGGUUGGAUGGAGCUGGAGGAAAGGUGGGGGUUGGAGUCAGAUCAGCCCUGUAAUGGUCUCUGGUUAUCAGCUGCUGUUCGCCUCCUUUAAGUGGCAAUGUUACCUUAUAACCAUGUUCCAUCCAGGACCAGCAGAGAGGCUGCAGCAAUGGUAACACUGUGGCCAAGCUGCUAGCUCCAGCCUAUUUGCAGCAAAGCGCUGGGACAGCCGCCCCUUUAGCACCUAGGUGUGUGUGUGUGUGAGAGAAGGGGGGGGGUUACAUGGAUUUAUUAGCUGCCCAGGAAGAGGUCUAAAUCUGACCAGCUCUGCCUGCCAGGAGGGAAAAAAAGCAUCUGCCCUACUUCAAACAAACAAACAAACAAACCAAAAAAAAAUCACCACUAGGAGUGGAUUAUUUUUAUUGGCUGGAAUCAAGAAGGGGGAAAAAUUUGGACCUUGACAACAUCACCUUUAAUCAUAAUACAAUUAUUUCUUUGGAGAGAUGAAGAAGUUUUUUGACUCUCGUCGAGAGCAGGGUGGUUCUGGCCCUGGUUCUGGUACCAGUGGAGGAAGUGGCAGUAAUACAGUGGCAGGGAGUGGGUACAUUGGCAGGGUGUUCCAUAUUGGGAGAUACCAGGUGACGGUGGAUGAAGUGCUGGCUGAAGGUGGAUUUGCUAUCGUGUUUCUGGUGAGGACUAACAAUGGGAUGAAAUGUGCCCUGAAACGAAUGUACGUCAACAAUGAGCACGAUUUGCAAGUCUGCAAAAGAGAGAUUCAGAUCAUGAGGGAUCUAUCUGGACACAAGAACAUUGUUGGAUACAUUGAUUCUAGUAUAAACUCAGUGAGCAGUGGUGAUGUGUGGGAAGUCUUGAUUCUAAUGGACUUUUGCCGAGGAGGCCAGGUGGUGAACCUGAUGAACCAACGCUUGCAGACGGGAUUCACAGAGAAUGAAGUCUUGCAGAUCUUUUGCGAUACCUGUGAAGCUGUAGCCAGGUUGCACCAGUGUAAAACGCCUAUAAUCCACAGGGAUCUGAAGGUUGAAAAUAUCCUGCUACAUGAUCGCGGCCAUUAUGUCCUGUGUGAUUUCGGAAGUGCCACCAACAAAUUCCAGAACCCUCAAACGGAAGGAGUGAAUGCAGUAGAAGAGGAGAUCAAGAAGUACACCACAUUAUCCUAUAGAGCACCAGAAAUGGUCAACCUGUAUAGUGGCAAACUUAUUACUACAAAAGCAGAUAUGUGGGCCCUUGGUUGUUUACUGUACAAAUUGUGUUACUUUACUUUACCAUUUGGGGAGAGUCAGGUGGCAAUUUGUGAUGGAAACUUCACCAUUCCGGACAACUCUCGCUACUCCCAAGACAUGCACUGUCUCAUACGGUAUAUGCUUGAACCAGACCCCGACAAGAGACCUGAUAUUUACCAGGUCUCCUACUUUGCAUUCAAGUUGUUAAAGAGGGAGUGCCCUGUCCCAAAUGUACAGAAUUCUCCAAUCCCUGCUAAGCUCCCAGAACCAGUGAAAGCUAGUGAAGCAGCUGCAAAAAAGAGCCAGCCAAAAGCCAGGCUGACUGAUCCCAUUCCUCCAAUGGAAACAUCCAUAGCUCCACGUCAGAGACCUAAAGCAGGACAGACACAACCCAACCCUGGAAUUCUGCCUAUUCAGCCAGCCCUCACCCCUAGAAAGAGGCCCACAGCCCAAGCAGCCAUCCAGCCACAAGGCCCUGCUGCUUUGGGUGGUGGCCAGCCCUCGCUUCCUGCAAGCGUUCAGCAGCCUAAAGCGCCACCUCCGCAAACUCAACCACAGCCUGCCCCUCAGCCCCAGCCCAAGCAGCCGCCUGCUCCUCAGCAGACCCCAGUAGCCCAGCCGCCAGUCCCUUCUACUCACCCGCAGGCCACACCUCAGCAUCAGCAGCAACUCUUCCUGAAGCAGCAGCUACUGCAGCAGCAACAGCAGAUGAUGCAAGCUCAGCAGUUCCAAGUGAUGCAGCAGCCAGCCAUGUCGCAGUUUCAAGUGAUCCAGCAGGGAGCGCCGGCGCAGCAGCAGCUGAUGCAGAACUAUUAUCAGCAGCAGCUGAUUGCGCAGCAGGCAGCCAUGCAACAGAAGACCGCGGUAGUGGUGGCUCAGCCAAAGCAACAGGCUCCAGUGCCGCAGCAGCCACAGGCUGCAGUCCAGCCAGCACCUGCGCAGGAGCAAGUGAAGCAGGCCCCGAUAAGGCAACAGCAAAAGCCUCAAACAACACCGCCUUCAGCUGUCCAGGAGCAAAAGCUGGGUUCCCUCACCCCUCCGUCCUCCCCCAAGACGCAGCGCGUGGGACACAGGAGGAUUCUGAGCGAUGUGACGCACAGCGCGGUUUUUGGGGUCCCGGUCAGCAAAUCUACCCAGCUCCUGCAGGCGGCUGCUGCUGAGGCCAGUCUCAACAAGUCCAAGUCUGCAUCCACGACACCGUCUGGCUCCCCUAGGACCUCACAGCAGAACGUCUACAGUCCACCGGACGUCUCCACGUGGAACCCGUUCGAUGACGAUAACUUCUCCAAACUCACGGCGGAGGAGCUGCUGAACAAGGACUUUGCAAAACUGAGCGAUGGUAAGCCUCCAGAAAAGCUUGGCAGCUCCACAGAGAACUUGAUUCCAGGCUUUCAGCCAGCUCCCUCUACAACACAGGCAGAUGCUUUCGGUUCUUCUUCCUUUACAGCUGCAUCAGCUGAAAAAACAAAAGACAUCCUGAGUCUGGACACUAGCCCUCCGCUUCUAGCUGUGCCUGAUCCUUUCAUUCCUCUUCCGUUAUCCGACACACCAGAAAAACUGAUUGAGGGUCUCAAAUCUCCUGAGACUGCGCUUCUGCUCCCUGAUAUCCUGCCUCUAGCUGACCCCUUCGGUUGCACCUCUGAUGCUGUGAAUGGAAAAGAUGACAUACCUGUUGAGAGUCUCAUACCUGGCCUGGAGGCUCCACUGCCCCAGCACCUCACCUCCCAGACCGACUCAGUUGCUUCCAACAGAACAGACUCUCUCACUGGGGAAGAUUCUCUACUUGACUGCUCUCUGCUUUCUAACCCCGCCGCUGACCUCUUGGACGAGUUUGCUCCUAUAGCUAUUUCAGCUCAAGCUCACAAAGCUGCAGAAGAUACUAAUCUGAUAUCAGGCUUUGAUGCUCCUGAGGGCUCUGAAAAGGUGGCAGAAGAUGAGUUUGACCCUAUCCCAGUGUUGAUAUCCAAAAAUUCACAAGGUGGGCAUUCUAGAAACAACAGUGGAAGCUCUGAAUCCAGUCUUCCCAACCUAGCCAGGUCUUUACUGCUGGUGGAUCAGCUCAUAGACCUGUAG